ACCAACGGCCUCUGCUCGCGUCCUGUCCGGUGAAGAUAGCGGUGAUACAGAACCUAACCCAGUCUGAGGCUGCUGGAUUUCGUUAUUAAAUCAAUUAAACAUUGAUUGAAAUAACUCAGACCACCGUGAACGAUAAACACCGAGCACAAUGAUCCGCUUUAUCCUCAUCCAGAAUCGGGCAGGGAAGACCAGGCUGGCCAAAUGGUACAUGCAGUUUGAUGAUGAUGAGAAGCAGAAGCUGAUUGAAGAGGUUCACGCCGUUGUGACGGUCCGAGACGCCAAACACACCAACUUUGUAGAGUUCAGAAACUUCAAGAUCAUUUACAGGCGGUAUGCUGGCCUGUACUUCUGCAUCUGUGUGGAUGUGACGGACAAUAACCUGGCUUACCUGGAAGCGAUUCACAACUUUGUUGAGGUUUUGAACGAGUAUUUCCACAAUGUGUGUGAAUUAGAUCUGGUCUUCAAUUUCUACAAGGUGUACACGGUGGUGGAUGAGAUGUUUCUGGCGGGAGAGAUCAGAGAGACCAGCCAGACGAAGGUGCUCAAGCAGCUCCUCAUGCUGCAGUCUUUGGAGUAAGGAGCCUAUCAAUCAAUCAAUCGCCAUUGCAACAGGCCCCGCCCACCAACACAGGCCCCGCCCACCCCACUGCAGCCAAGCCAUAAUAUCCGUGUCGUCUUGCUAAAAUACAUCCACAAACAUUUCAUCCUUUCUUUAAAGUCCACGUUCCACGAUGAAGGACGCCGCCGUUCUCUUCACAUUCAAGUUCAUAAAAAAAAAAAAAAAAAAAACCUCCCUGGUUAUUGUCCUAAUUAUUCUUUGGCACGGCCAGAAUCGAAUACUUCGGCAAUUUUAUAGCACAGUAGACUUCAGCGUCUCCAAGCCCGUUCAUUAACACUAACACAGAUAAUAGCAUCAGGCCGGCCAAAAUAUGCCAAGGUCCUCAACAUGCAAAAUCCAUGGGCUGCACUACUCUCUCUCCCUCUCUCUCUCUCUAUAUAUAUAUAUAUAAAAACUUGAUUUUAUCAAAUAAAUCUUCCCCAAAUAUGUCUAGCUCAGUUAAUGAGAUAUUCAAAUCAAAUAUUAAGAAUCUGUGAAAGUCGUUUUGUAUCGUGUACAUUAUACGCAUCUAUUUUAAAUGUAAAUGUUCUGAAGCAAGCAGUCAUUCCAGGCAUCUAAACACUCGGUUUCUGCUCGUCGUAAUUGCUUUGAAGUCUGCUGGGUUUUAUGGAGAACUCGAGCCAGCGAUUAGCGAGCGCUUUAGAGAACGAGGCUGAGCGGAAGAAUUUAACUCAGGGGGGAAAUGACAAAAGAUGGUCUACUUUUAAUUUCCCCUUUUGUGGCGCCCGUUCCCGCGCCAAGAGCUCCAUGGCAACCGCUCAGCCUUGAAACGUUCCAUUACAGAUCGAUUCACGAGUUACUAUGAGAAUCUGACUUUUUUUUUUUUUUUUUGUACGUGUAUGUUUUAUAUCGUCUUUCUUUCUUCUUGUCCCUUCUGCCUUAGAUUGUUCUAGAUCUGCCUAGUCGUUCCUGUGAGAUUUUGCUGAGUAAAAGAUGAUGGCAGUGGUGUUACUCUCACGUGUGUGUUGCUAUCAGUGUAUAUAUAUAUAUACAUGCAGGUGAAAUAAAAAAAAAAUUAAAUAAAAUAAAAUACUUCAAGUGCGUGUAUUUCAUAUUUCGCCAAACCGUGAAUGUGUUUUUUUACGUGUACUAUACCGCCAUCUACCGGAUACUAACGAUUAUAAUAACUGACCAGGUCACUUAGUUAAUAUUUUUGGUCUCUGUCAGCGGGCCAGUGUAAAAAUAAUAUAUUAUUAAUGCACGGUUACGUGCCAGUAAUUUAAUUAAAUGUAAGUGAUCAAAGUUAAAGCUCUUUAAAACAGAAUAAUUGCGAGUGAUUGAUUAUUUAGAGGGAUAUUUCUUACCGCGUUCGGCACGAGGCGCUCCGUCUUUGUAGUUUGGAAAAUAAAAACAAUAUGGGAAAAUAGAAAUUAUUAGCUUGAUGUGUAGGUCUGUUAUUCGCCACCUUGACAUAUGUCACAACCCAAACACGUUUUUGUUUAUGGGUUGUUUAUAUCUAAUGUUUAUAUAAAUACUUAGCAUAUAUUUAGAAAAUAUUUAAAUGGUUAUAAAUAUAUUACAAAACAAAGAUAUGUAAAGUAUAUAUUUAAUAAAAAUAGUUUUAGGUGUAUACACCAUACAAACACGUAUACACAAAAAACUCAUUUUUGAAAGUGAUUAAUCGUUUGACAGCACUAAUAAAAAUGCCAAUAACAAAUUAAUGUGUAAACUGAAGAUGGCGUGUAUAGCAUUUAACACCAUUCAUUUAACACUAUAGGUCGUGACAAUUUACAUCUUAAAACUAUUAAUGAAAAAAAUAAUUAAUAAAUAGUUAAUAAUUGUAACUAUUGACUAUUAUUGAAAUAUAUGAUAACAAUUGAAAUAACACCAAAUAAGAAUUAUUAUAUAGAAUUAUUUUUACUAUACACUGUGUCUAUAUAUAAAAUAAUAAAAUUAUUAAUUUUUAAAAGCUUACCAUUUAUCUAGACUUCAGUGAUCCAAACCAGACCCUAUUGAACUGCUAGAGUAUGCAAAACUCUCAUAUUAAUCAGUAAUUUUACAUUUGUUGGCCAAGAUGUAUAAAAAUUAUAUUUCUGUAAAAAUCAUAUGAAAUCACCACCUCUUAAAAUUAUUACAUAUUCUGGGUUGGGAAUAUUUGAGCUUCAGGUUUGACAUUUUAUUCUUCCGUCACCAUAGAAAUAGAGAUAACUGGAUACUAAUUUGAAUAAACAUUACAACAAACAACACAUGUCAACUUGCACACCGUCACGCUCUCCCACACAAAACAGAGACAUAUUCACGUAACAUAAAAAACAAGCAAACUUUAAUCAUAACCUUACUCUUUCAAACGAACAAGCACCCCUCCCCCCAAACACUCAGAUAAACAAAUUCAAAUCUUAUUUACAGCAUAGAUGAUUCAGAUAUACAGUAUUUAUGAAUGACCAGAUCACACCGGUUACUAAGCAACAACUGUUUUAUGCAGUACUUUGAACUACUCUUCAAAUGCACUCCAUAUUGAUAUUUGGUUAUGAAACGCUACCAAACUCCACUACAUAAGCCAAUUAAUUUCAUCUGGCUCGAGCGGUGGCGCUGUUUUGAAGUCGAAAUUGUCUGCUGUCGAUAGCGCUCACAUUUGGAGUCACUUUUAAACCACACAGCUUGAAGCAGUUGCGAAAUCCGUGUGCGGAAAUCUAUCACCGUCAUGUGAAAUUCCUGUAAAAAACUAAAUAAAAUUUGAGUGGAUUCCUAUUCAAAUGAAUGGAUUUCGCACACACUGGAAAAUAGGGGGGGAAACAGCUAAACGGUAAACUUUGCCUAGCGAUAAAAUAAAAAAAAACGCUAAUUUUGCGAUCGCCCUUUUUAAACAUCGUGCACCACGUCGCCGUGUAAAAUUCCCACCCACUAAUAUCGGCACAAUGAGGAAUAUUCCAGGUGAAAUACCUUAGGCAGCAUCAGUGACUUGCUGUCAACCAUUUUCGUAAAUCAGUCCAAAAUUUUUUAUUAAAAAAAAAAAAAAAAAAAAAAAAAAAAAGUAA